CCAUUCAAACCGGGACAAGGACCAGCAGGCUGCCCAUAAAGAGCGCCCCUCAUCCACAAAUAUAGGCAUUGCGCAGGGUUCCUUUUCCAAAACCGCCCCCAAAAGAUAAAGCUCCCCAAGGUAGCAAAAUGGAAACCAAACCCUGCCUACCCUUAACUCCAUCCCCACCCCUUCCCUUCCUCCCAACCUCUAGCUGAGGAGUUCUCUCCUUCAACCUCGCCCCCAAAAGCCCCAAUCUUGAACUUCCAAUUCCAAUUCUUAAACUUGCAUUUCCAAGCUUGGUUCUUUCUUCACCUUCUUCCUCCUCCUGCUGUUGUUGUUGGCCAGACAUGUGAGGUCCAAAGUAGCAAUUUCUCGAAGAGCUUCAGCUAAUCGGUAUACUAGUGAGUGUGGAGCAGAGCUAGACCCCUCUGGAUUUGGGUUGGAAGGCGCCAUUGUUGGUCUCUGCGGCGAUGCAGUCGGGGUACGGAGGGGUGUCGGAGUUCCAGCAGUUCAUCAUGGACGGCGGCUUCGCCAUGGCCGCCGCGCCGCCGCCGCCUCCUACUCCGCAGCAGCAGCAUGCGGCGGCGGCGGCGGCGGCGGCCGGAGGGCAGCAGGAGCUCGGGGCGCCGUUCAGGUACCAGCCGCUUCACCACCACGCCAUGCAUCCGCAGCAGCACCACCACCACGCGCCGCCCCAGAUGCCGCCGCACUUCGCGCACUUCGGUGGCCCCACGGCGGCCGGCGGCGGGAUCCCGUUCACGCAGCAGCUGCUCCACCACCAGGCGGCCGGGCAACAGCACCACCACCACCAUCUCCAGCUCUUCCACGAGCAGCAGCAUCACCACCACCAACAGCAGCAGCAACAUCACAAACCUCAGCAGCCCCAGCCGAGGUGGGCGCCGCAGCAGCAGCAGCACCACCAGCACCAGCAGCAGCAUCUGGGGCUGGACAUGGAGGCGGCCGUGCCGGAGAGCACCCGCGCGGCGGCGGUUCCUUCUGGGAUGCCGCCGUUCCUGGCCGCGGCCAUGAACUUCAAGCUCGCGGUCGACCAGAGCGGCAGCGGCGCCACGGACGACGCCAUGAACGACGGGGGCGGCGGGGGGAGCGGCAUGAUGCUCCACGGAGGAGGAGGGGGAGGCGCCGGACGCGGAGAAGACGAGGCGGCGACGGAGAGCCGGCUCCGGCGCUGGACCGGCGAGGAGGAAGCCUCCAUCAAAGAACCCGCCUGGCGGCCGCUGGACAUCGACUUCAUCCAUAGCACAAGCAGCAGCAGCAAGAGAGCCGCCGGCAAGGACAAGGCGCCCACGCCAGAGUCGCCGUCACCGGCCGCCAAUGCCGCGGCCAAUUACUUCAAGAAGGGCGGCGACGACAACGUAACCGCUAAUGCGGCGGCGGCGGGCGGCGGUAAUAGCAGCUACAAGCUGUUCAGCGAGCUGGAGGCCAUCUACAAGCCGGGCAGCGGCGGCGCCGGACAGACCACCGGCUCCGGCUCCGGCCUGACCGGCGACGACAAUGCCAUGGCCGACCUCCCACACGCGCCUCCGCCCACAAUGUGCCCCGACGGCGACGACGACAUACUCCCCCAUGCGCCGCCGCCGCAGCCGCAGGCCAACGCGUCGGAGACCUCCGCCGGAGAAGAAACAGAAACCCCUGCCGUGGUCCAGCCUCCUCAACCGCCGGCGUCAAUGGCGGACGGGCGGCGCAAGCGGAAGCGGCGGCGGAGCCAGGAGGCGGCGACGGCGGCGUCGUCCUUCUUCGAGCGUCUGGUGCAGCGUCUGAUGGAGCACCAGGAGUCCCUCCACGCGCAGUUCCUUUCCGCCAUGGACCGCCGCGAGCGCGAGCGCGCCGCCCGCGACGAGGCCUGGCGCCGGCAGGAGUCCGAGAGCUCCGCCCGCGAGCGCGCCGCCCGCGCCCGCGACCGCGCCUCCGCCGCCGCCCGCGAGGCCGCCAUCGUCUCCUACCUCGAGAAGCUCUCCGGCCACCCCAUUGUCCUCCCUCCCCCUGCUCCGUCUUCCCCAGCUCCGGCGGCCUCCGAAGAAAUAAUCAUCCCCCAGCCCGAGGCCAGCAGCGCCGUGGGCACGGAGCUCGUGCCGUACGACGCCGGCGUCCUGAGGUCGUCUUCGGCCUCGCCGUCGCGGUGGCCGAAGCAGGAGGUGGAGGCGCUGAUCAGGGUGCGGUCGGGGCUGGAACGGCGGUUCCAGGAGCCAGGGCUGAAGGGGCCGCUGUGGGAGGAGGUGAGCGCGCGCAUGGCGGCGGCGGGGUACGGCGGCCGGAGCGCGAAGAGAUGCAAGGAGAAGUGGGAGAACAUCAACAAGUACUUCCGCAAGGCGAAAGAGAGCGGCAAGAAGCGGCCGGCGCACGCCAAGACUUGCCCUUACUUCGACGAGCUCAACCGCCUCUACUCCGGCCGCGGCGGCGAAGCCAUGGAUGCUGCCGGCGAUGGUGGCGCGGGCAAGGCGGCGAGCUCGGAGCUGCUGGACGCCGUUGUCAAGUGCCCUGCGGGAACGGCGGCGGGGGAUCAGGCGGCGCAGUACGGCCCGCCGCCCGGGUUCGCGCCCGCCGGAGAUGGGGAAGACGAAGGCCUCCGUGACAUGGCCGUGGAUGGCGGCGAGAAGUACGACGAUGGGGAAGACGGUGAGAUUGGGAGAUCGGCGGGCGGGAGAGCCAUGGCGAUGGCGGAUCAGGAUCAGGACGAAGGUGAGAGCCAUGGCGGACACCACGACGAGGACGACGAGGAACACCAUUAGGAGAAGAUCGUACUGCGCCAUAGCUUGGUUAAUUAGCAUCCAUGCCUCGAAUUAGGUAGCUAGCUCGUCCCAGAGAGGAAAUUUCUCUUCUUUCUUUCUUUCGUUCUUGUUAAUUGCUGCUGCUUGUUGUUAAUGUUAGCUGCCUAUGAUAUGAUCAGAUCACUUACUUGUUAGUACUACUACCGCUGCUGCUUAUAUAUGACGAUGGAUCUAUAAGAGAUUAGCAUAAUUCAUCAACCGAUUCGAUCAA